CAGCAUGAAACUUGGAUCUGGUUCUAAAACAUUUUAUUAAAGAUCUCUUUGUGAAUACUUUAAUGUAAUUGGGGAUUUUUUUUAGAAGUUUUAAGCUUUGCAAUACAUUUGGUAAGGAGGAUUUUGUCGGCCAGCCAUUUUUGUGGGUAGUCUGCCCAGGAUUUCAGCUUUAAUGGGUGUGUUAUGUGACAUAAUUUUACAUAAGUAUUAAAGUAAUUUUGGGAAUAGUUGUUCUUGUUUUCUUCACUUUUGCAAAGGCUUGGAAUAAACGUAAGAAGGAAAAAGUAGAAAAUGUGACUACAGGUUAUGAAUUGACUGGAUGUAGAAUUAGAUAUAUUUUGGCUUUGGGCCAGAUGUUUUAUCUGUUACAUUUGUAUUAAAUAUAUUGGAAGAAGAUUAUAAUAUAUUCCAGUUUUGAAGUUUAAAAGAGGAGUUUUCCCCCUUGUUUAAGCCUGUCAAGAUGACUUCUGUUCAGGAGUUAGAUGCUCUUCGGCAGGAAACAGAACAACUGAAGAACCAAAUAAGGGAAGCAAGAAAAGCGGCAGCAGACACUACUUUAGUACAAGCCACAGCAAAUGUUGAACCACUUAGUCGAAUACAGAUGCGCACCCGUCGCACACUACGGGGACAUCUUGCUAAAAUAUAUGCCAUGCACUGGGCAUCAGAUUCUAGAAAUUUAGUAUCAGCUUCACAAGAUGGUAAACUUAUAGUCUGGGAUGGAUACACAACAAAUAAGGUUCAUGCAAUUCCACUGCGUUCUAGCUGGGUGAUGACUUGUGCCUAUGCCCCAUCAGGGGCUUAUGUAGCCUGUGGUGGUCUAGAUAAUAUCUGUUCAAUCUACAGUCUAAAAACACGUGAAGGCAAUGUGCGCGUCAGUAGAGAAUUACCUGGACACACUGGAUACCUUUCAUGUUGCAGAUUUCUUGAUGAUAACCAGAUAGUUACAAGUUCCGGAGAUAUGACCUGUGCACUAUGGGAUAUAGAGACAGGCCAACAAACAACAGCUUAUUUAGGUCAUACAGGGGAUGUUAUGAGUCUAUCAUUAGCUCCAGACAUGAGGACCUUUGUAUCAGGGGCAUGUGAUGCUUCAGCUAAGUUAUGGGAUAUCAGAGAUGGCAUGUGUAAACAGACAUUCUCUGGACAUGAAUCUGAUAUUAAUGCUAUUACAUAUUUUCCUAAUGGUUUUGCAUUUGCAACUGGUUCAGAUGAUGCCACAUGCAGAUUGUUUGAUAUACGUGCAGACCAGGAGAUUGGAAUGUACUCGCAUGACAAUAUAAUCUGCGGAAUCACGUCAGUGGCCUUCUCUAAGUCUGGAAGACUUCUGCUUGGAGGAUAUGAUGAUUUCAACUGUAAUGUAUGGGAUGUCUUGAAACAAGAACGUGCAGGUGUGCUUGCUGGCCACGAUAACAGAGUUAGCUGUCUGGGAGUGACAGAAGACGGCAUGGCUGUUGCCACAGGAUCCUGGGAUAGUUUCCUGAAGAUCUGGAAUUGAGGCUACGGUGUUGCUAAAUAUAGACUAAAUUUAUAAACACAAGCCUCAAUUAUGUUUGUAAAGUAUGAUGUAUGUAACUACACCAUUAUACUGGCAUAGUCACUAGUGCAGUAGUAUUGGUGAAUCCUGCCACUGACUGUGAACUAUGAGAUAAAACAUUGGAUUAUGUAUGGACCCUCUCACAAUUAUUUAUAUCAACAUUUACACUUUUUCUGUUACCAGCCUGCAGGUUUUAUAGCUGGCGGAUGUGUUGACAUGGACAAUACCAUUACAGCUGUAGGGAUGACCAGUAAUCUAGCCGAAAUCUCUUUAAAACAAGUUUGCAUGUCUUAAAUCUCAUAGUUGUAAAUGUGUGUGCAAUGUUUAACUGUAGUAACUGGUCAUAGUGUAAAAGUUUUGUCAGUUUGAUAUAUACAUAUACCUAUAUCAUCUUUUAUAGAAGGUCCUGUGCUUUUUAAAAUACAUAUAUAUGAACAUUUAUUUUGAGGUAAAGUACUAAAUGGGUUCACAUGUACUUAAUAUGGGUACUACAAAGUUCAUCUUGUAUACGUUUCAUAUUAUAACAUUUUUACAUGUCUUUUGUAGCUAUCUUUAUAUGUUACAGAAGGCCUCCUCUUAAGAAUUAUUUAUUAAUCAAUGUGUUAAACAUAGCUGUAAAUGCCAGAAAUAUUUUAUUUGCGUAGAAGUGCUUGGACUAAUGAAAGAGAUUGAAUUUGACAGGGCCUUGCAGAGGUAAAAGAUUUUAUCUGUAGGCAGGUUUGAUAAGUAGUAAUUGAAAUAUUUGUAUAGUGAUAAGAACAAUAGAUUUCAAGUGUGCAAUUCUGGCAUUUAAAUGGCUACUUUUUGAAGCAUGUUUUUUACUUUGUGGUUAUACUCUCUUUAUGUGUGUGUGUAUGGGUGUGUCUGUGUUUCGUAUUGAAAGCUUUGCAUUUUGCAUGGACAGAUGAAGUUGUUUGAUGUAGGGCAUAAUAAGAUAGGCUUGUAAUUUAUUCUAGUCUGUUAAAUUGAUAGUUUUAUGUUGAGGGGGAAAGAAGUUCCAUAAAAAAUGUUUUAAAGUUAAUUAUUAUACAUCUUAUUCUUUUUGGUAAAACAAAGAUUCUGUAAAUGAUUGUCAAAAUGAAAUGAUCAGAAGUGAGCAGUACAGUGUGGAGACAGUGGACCAAGAUAAGGCCUUGCAUUGAGAAUGUUGUCUGUACUGAGAGAAAGAUGAAAGAUGUGAGACAGCUUUUUAGUAGUGUCAUUAGUGUUGUAACUGUUUGCUCGCCCUUCUCCAUAACCUCAUACAUAGCUUUGCCAUUUAAACAUUGUCUACCAUGCGCAACUAUGAAAACAUUGGGGUUCCGCUAUAUGCAUUUAGAGCAUCAAAGCUUUUUUCGUAGUAUUUUUAGUUACCUUUGUUGAUUUCUUUUCUGGCAAAUUGUCAUUGUUUUUCUCGGUAACACUGGACGAAAUGAUGAGUUUGCAGUACGAAGAAAUUGAUUGAAUGUUAUUUAUUUUACUCUUUACUUUUUAUUAAACCUUUUCUCAUAAUUUUCUCUGUACUUGAUUAAUGAAAUUUUCCAGGCAGAGUGAAAAAUGAUUACUAAAUAAAACAGAGUACCUGGUUCAUGUUUUAAAUACUGGUAAGUUAAUUCAUUAUUUUCAUAAAUAAUAAGCUUAAGUUUUUAUGUCAGUUUAAUUUUUUAGACAGUCAGUAGAUACUAAAUAGUGAACAAAUUUGUACACAUAUUGCCAGAAUCAGUUGAUUAUAUCUAUAAAAUAGAAGUUUAUGUUUUGGUAAAAUGGUAAGACAUUUGUGAACACACUUUAUCAUGUUUUACGUCGUAGGAGUAUAAUUAAAGCCAUUAAAUAAAUUUGAUAAUACACUAGUGUAAUGAAACGUUGACGUCGUUUAUUUAUAGGAGACGAUGGUUGACGCGAAUUUACUUGGUCUAUAAUGGGUAAAGAAAGAAUAAAUUAUGAUGUUUCAUCAGGAAAAGCUUAAUGUGAUAAAAAGAAUAUUACAUUUGUGUCUUUCCACAUGAAUUUAUUAAACUUGUUGAAUUAAUUCAAUAUGAAAAGACACUGGUGUAAUAUCCUCUAUAUCUCUGUAUGAAUCUUAAAACUAAUUGUUACAGAAUUUCUGAAGUGCCAGUUCAGUUAAUAGCUGUGAUGUCUAAUUUUGGUAAAGUUUAUUUUUUAAAUGUUUGUUGUGUGAAGCAAUGCUGUUAACAAGUAGAUAGAUCUAACAUAGAAAGCCAGUGGUACUAGCUGUUCACAGAUAUCUUAGCAUAUUACAUGUGUUUAAAAAUAGAACUAGAGUCUGGCUAUUUAUUUCUUGGAUGAGUGAAUGGUAACAGAUACGAUAUGUAUUACAUGUGUUAUUGUCCUUGCUAUGUCUUUAUUUUCAUUUCUUGCAAGAAUGUACUGAAGGGUCAGCAGUUGCUGCUGGUCAAUUGUAAAAUGCCCACUUCAUUAUUAAACCACUCUGCACAAUAGUGAGCUUGAAAUAGUUGUAAAACUGAAACCUUGUACAAUAUAAAACGUAUUAGCCCUGAAACAGUUUGAUGAUUUAUACUGUAUUGAAUUUAUAUGAGCGUAAAUAAGGUUAUUAUAGGUUAUUAUUAGGAUUUGCUAAAAACAGUCAAAAUGAAGAUAACUCAUCAGUAUACGCUGUUAAAAAUAAAUGAAGUGGGCAUUGUGAGUUUAUUGUACAUAGAUAUUCACUUGUGAACUUUUAUAUAAUAGUGCAAUCAUACAAUGGUGUAAUGUCCAGUGAUGUGUGUAGUAAUUCCUUCUCAUAACUCUAACUAACCAACAGUGUCUCUGUAGUUAUUGUAGUUGUGACUAUCUUUCACUUCCAGAUUCAGUUGAAUUUUUCAUUUCAAAAAUACAUGUCAGUUAUGUUUUUCUUAAAAAACCACUUUAACCUUGAAAUUUGUCUUUGAUCAAUGAAACUAAGUAUACAACUUUGGUCACAGUAUCAACUUAAGUUAUGAAGUUACUAAGGUGUGAAAGAGAAUAAUAUAUAUAACUGUACAAAUUUUACAGUGUUUACCUUUUUGCUUUCAAAGUUCAAAUCUUAGAAAAUUUUGUAGAAAGUAGGAACGAGUUUGAGUUUUUCUACAACUGCAUUACUUCUAUAGAAGACGAAUCAAAUAGCUUACCAAACCAAGAAAAAUGUACAACACCAUUUAGCAGUAUUAACUGUGAUCUAGAACUAAAUACUGCAGUUAAGGAAUUACCUCAUUUUGAAGUAGAAGAAUAUAUAAGAAAAUAACAGUUGUCUUGAAUGUAUUGAUGCUCAAUCUCUUCAAAGGAGAUAAUUAACAAUUUUGACUUGGCAUCAGUGAUCAGUCUGUUUUAACUAGAGUGAACGCUUAUAUACGUGUAUAUGUAUCUGUUACUUUCAUUUGUCAAUAAAGCUACAUGUCUAAUA